AUGCCGCCUAACGCUCCUAACAUACCGAAUGCCCGAGAUCGCUACUCUAAUGCUCAUCUCUUCCCUAAAUUUCGGGGCGUCGGGCCUCAAGACGCGGAAGAGUCAGUUGCCGGACGGCCUCUAUUUGAGAUCCAGACCUUGCAUCAUUUCCUGAAUGCAGCCACAACGGGCAACUUCCCAGGGAAAAAGACAGAACUUCCACUUUGGCCAGCGGAAGAAAUGCAAUAUUUCAGCAAGAAAUACUCUGAAUGGGCUCCCAAACCGUAUUCUGAAUUACCCGGGCCAGCAGCGGGACCGUUUGGUGCCAUGGGUGGAGAAUCUCCGCCUCCGAUCUUCAGGGUCACGCUUGCGAUGACUAGUAUGGGGGAUAUGUUUAGCAAGCUAUUCCAAUUCGCUGGACAGAAUUUAUCUCCCGAGGAAGUUGCAAGACGUCUAUCUUCAGCUGAUAAGGGGCCGAGUUUCAACAUCACGAAAUCUAAAAUCUGGUUCGGGGUCGCUCCAGUAUCUGAUGCACUCUGGAAAUUCAGGGGAUUAGACGACGAAGCCAAUAUUGAAGAGGCGUUGGCUAUUCUUCGGUCCGUGGUUGAUGUAUUUGAUUAUUGGCGCCAGCCAGAGGUCCAAGGCAAGCUGCGAGAUGUCUUUAACAAAGUUCUUCUCGAGCUGGAUAUCUUCAACGACGCAAUACAUGCUCUAAGAGCAGAGCGCGGAGAAGCUGUUCCAGACUGGAGCAUCAGCAGACUCUGGGAAGAAUAUGUCCUUCUCCAUUUCCGUUUCAUGGAGCAGCAAGCCCGUUCAUGGAUGUUUCAGCAUCUCAAAAUACUGCAUAUGAUGUGGCUCACCCGCCUCCAUGGAGCAAUCGGUACGCUGCGCGAAGUAAACGAAACUCAGGCCUCUAUAAAAAUCGACCAUUGGGCAAUGAUGGCCAUGGAAAAGAUCCUUGAUAUCUAUCGUGACGUCGAGCUCAUGCUAAGAUUUCGCGCUGAUGGCUUUGCCAUGGCAUCCGGCAUCGACCCACGGUUAGCCAGCAUCGAUAGCCCCAGCGAAGAGCGGAACAGGAUUUAUUCUCAGAUCGAGCACCAACGGAUGACUUACCUCAAUACUAGAGUGAAUGACGUUUUAAAUCAACACAUCGCUGCCCGUCACGCGCAGGGUGCAUACCCAGAAUUUCUGGAACAAUUCGUCGUCAUCAGUGACCGUACUGUUGUCUACAAGACACUACAGCCUCAUAUUGAAAGCCCACCAGCUUCCAGCACAGAACCCUGGGUCCGAGAUCUGAGCGAGGAUACCAUCGAAAUGUUCGGAUUCGUCAUCUACCGCCUUUCCUACGCGGAAACCGACGAGAAAUGGGACGCUAUCCGUACGAAAAUCGAAAACGGACUCGACACAGUCUGGGACGGGAUCGUGGGCUCUGAUAAAAUCAAGCACAAAGCAGUUCUUCAAUGGGUUGACGGCCGCGAUGCGGAUAAUAUCCCCGAAGGCAAUCUCGACGCAGCACGACAGCACUUCCAGGCUUCCGCCAAGUCCCCUACCUUUGCCAAAGGCCUUUCCACCACUGUUUGUUUAGCUGUGACGCCCGUGAGCGUAUCUUCUUACGUCCAAGAUGAAGACCAAUCUGAUAAAGGAACUGGGGAUUUCCAAGGGUUCCUGCACGCCAUUGAAGCCGGUUUUGACUCAGCCAGAGUCCCUUCUUCAUCUGCUCCAUCUUCCACAUCACGACCAGCGGCCCCCAAAGGCGGGCUGUAUAAGCCUGGCUACGAUGGUACGUUCAAGAUUUCAGAUCGGCUGGUCUGGUCGGAGCUAUAUGCACUGAAUGUGCAGAUGGGUCAGGUGCUUGGGUUUGAGGAUAUGUGGGCGGUUUCAGCGCGGCAUCCGUGGGCUUUGUAUAUGGGCCCUAGUACGGGGGUGUUGAGGAGGAAUUGGAGAGAGAUGAAGGGGAUGGGUGGACAUAUGGUGAAGUUGGCGAAAGAGACGUCGGAGAAGGAGAGACGAGGAAGCUAG